UUUUCUUCUCCCGCUUUGAGCCUUCCGGAGGAGACAGGGGGCGGCUUGGCUGCAGGACUUGGCGGGGGUGACGUCCCCAGGCUCUAGCCCCGAUCGCCAGCUCAGGGGUGGGGAGGAGGGAAACUCCGCGCCUAGAGCGCAAUCCAGGAACGGGCGGCGCGGUACACCCCCUUGGGGGGUCGCGGGGCGCGAGCCCAGGACUCGUAGCGCUGCUCACUCCCUCGUCCAUGAACUGCAUGAAAGGCCCGCUGCACUCGGAGCACCGUGCGGUCGGUUCCAAGCUGCUGGCCGCCUCCUCGUCCGCCUCCUGUCACCAUCCCCAGCCACUAGCCAUGGCUUCGGUCCUGGCUCCCGGUCAGCCCCGCUCCCUGGACUCCUCCAAGCACAGGCUAGAGGUGCACACCAUCUCCGACACCUCCAGCCCAGAGACCACAGAGAAAGAUAAGAGCCAGCAGGGAAAGAAUGAAGACGUGGGCGCCGAAGACCCCUCCAAGAAGAAACGCCAACGGCGACAGCGGACUCAUUUUACCAGCCAGCAGCUGCAGGAGCUAGAAGCCACUUUUCAAAGGAACCGCUACCCCGACAUGUCCACGCGCGAAGAAAUCGCCGUGUGGACCAAUCUCACGGAAGCCCGAGUCCGGGUUUGGUUUAAGAACCGCCGGGCUAAAUGGAGAAAGCGAGAGCGCAACCAGCAGGCCGAGCUAUGCAAGAAUGGCUUUGGGCCACAAUUCAACGGGCUCAUGCAGCCCUACGACGACAUGUACCCCGGCUACUCCUACAACAACUGGGCUGCCAAGGGCCUCACGUCGGCCUCGCUGUCCACCAAGAGCUUCCCCUUCUUCAACUCUAUGAACGUCAACCCCCUGUCGUCGCAGAGUAUGUUCUCCCCGCCCAAUUCCAUCUCGUCCAUGAGUAUGUCGUCCAGCAUGGUGCCCUCGGCGGUGACGGGCGUCCCGGGCUCCAGUCUCAAUAGCCUGAAUAACUUGAACAACCUGAGCAGCCCAUCGCUGAAUUCCGCCGUGCCGACGCCCGCCUGUCCUUACGCGCCGCCGACUCCGCCGUACGUUUAUAGGGACACGUGUAACUCGAGCCUGGCCAGCCUGAGACUGAAAGCCAAGCAGCAUUCUAGCUUUGGCUAUGCCAGCGUGCAGAACCCGGCGUCCAACCUGAGCGCUUGCCAGUACGCCGUGGACCGGCCGGUGUGAGCCUGAGCCGCGCGCGCGUGCGCGCUGCGCCGGGAGCCUAGGACUGUGCCGAAGGGGCAGCUCCGCCCUUGAAAAGACUUGGGAGAAGGUCGUGCGCACUAAAGAAAGGCAGAGGAAAAGAGGAUAGAGGGGGGGGAAAAGGAAACCACUGAUUUCAAGAGAGAUAGAGAAAGAGAGAGAAAGAGAGAGAGAGGGAAAGAGAAGGAAAGAGAGUUCCUUUGAUUUCAAAGGAAUGGUCUCCGUGUCUGACAUCUUUCACUCAAAAGUAUUUCUUUCCAACACUUGCAAGGACAUGUUACACCAACAAAACGUUUGACUGGAUAUGACAUUUUAACAUUACUAUAAGCUUGUUAUUUUUUAAGUUUAGCCUUGUUAACAUUAAAAUGACUGAAAGGAUGUAUAUAUAUGGAAAUGUCAAAUUAAUUUUAUAAAAGCAGUUGUUAGUAAUAUCACAACAGUGUUUUUAAAGGUUAGGCUUUAAAAUAAAGCAUGUUAUACAGAAGCGAUUAGGUUUUUUCGCUUGCGAGCAAGGGAAUGUAUAUACUAAAUGCCACACUGUAUGUUUCUAACCUAUUAUUAUUAUAAAAAUGUGUGAAUAUCAGUUUUAGAAUAGUUUCUCUGGUGGAUGCAAUGAUGUUUCUGAAACUGCUAUGUACAACCUACCCUGUGUAUAACAUUUCGUACAAUAUUAUUGUUUUACUUUUCAGCAAAUAUGAAAAAAUAUGUGUUUUAUUUCAUGGGAGUAAAAU